CUUCUCUACUCUCUUUCUCUCUCUAUAACUCACCAAUCUUUCACCCUUAGCUUUCUAUUUUUCUUCUCUUCUUCUUCUUCUUCUUCUUCUUCCUUUUAUUUUCCAAAACAAAAAACAACAGAACAAAAAACAAAAAUGGAGAUGCUUUUGAAAUGCGAUGCAAAUUAUAGUGCUCUCACACCCAUCACCUUUCUUAAAAGAGCUUCUGCUUUUUACGCUGAUCGAACUUCUAUUAUCUAUGAGGGAACUCGUUUUACAUGGAAACAAACUUAUGAGCGUUGUUGUCGCCUCGCCUCCUCCCUCUGUCGUCUCACUGUCUCCAAGAACGACGUCGUGUCGGUACUAGCGCCGAAUGUUCCAGCAUUAUAUGAGAUGCAUUUUGCAGUACCGAUGGCAGGUGCCAUCUUGAACACAAUCAACACCCGUCUCGAUAUCAAGAACAUCGCUCUCAUCCUUCGCCACUCUGAGGCAAAGAUAUUCUUUGUUGAUUAUCAAUACAUUCAAGAAGCCAAAGAUGCCCUUCGCUUGUUAGUGGCAGAAUCGUCCCCAAUCCCACUCGUUGUUGUUAUUGAUGACAUUGACACUCCAACAGGAGCUCGGUUAGGAAACUUGGAAUACGAGCAACUAAUCUACGAUGGCGAUGCCAAUUUUACUCCAGUGGAAGUUGAUGACGAAUGGGACUCCAUAGCACUAAAUUACACCUCCGGCACGACGUCAGCGCCAAAGGGUGUAGUGUAUAGCCACCGAGGCGCGUUCCUUAGCACGCUCAGUUUGGUAAUGGGUUGGGAAAUGGGAAACGCGCCUGUGUAUUUAUGGACUCUACCCAUGUUUCACUGUAACGGUUGGACCUUCACAUGGGGGAUCGCUGCUCGUGGUGGGACCAAUAUUUGUAUGCGCAAUACGACGGCGUCUGAUAUCUUUCGAAACAUUAAUUUGCAUCGUGUCACUCACAUGUGUUGUGCGCCAAUCGUGUUUACAAUCAUCCUCGAGGCUGAUAACCGCGAUCGACGUCGAGUUGCUUGGCCCGUGAACGUUCUGACUGGCGGAGCACCUCCCCCAGCGCCGUUGCUGGAAAAGAUGGAGGCUCUUGGUUUUCAUAUAACACAUGCUUAUGGAUUGACUGAGGCCACUGGACCGGCGUUGGUUUGUGAGUGGCAAGAAAAAUGGAAUGUUUUGCCUGCCGAUCAACAAGCCAACCUUAAAGCUAGACAAGGAAUCAGCAUUUUGACAUUGGCCGAUGUGGACGUCAAAAAUUUGAAAACAAUGGAAAGUGUGCCACACGACGGCCGCACCACAGGCGAGAUUGUCCUGCGUGGCAGCAGUCUCAUGAAAGGCUAUUUCAAAGAUCCCGCGGCGACUGCGGCGGCCUUAAAAAACGGUUGGUUCCUAACUGGAGACAUCGGAGUGAUUUACCCCGACGGGUAUGUAGAAAUCAAGGAUCGGUCCAAGGAUGUCAUCAUCUCCGGCGGCGAGAACAUCAGCAGCGUUGAGGUAGAGACAGUGCUAUACCGGCACCCACAAGUGUCGGAGGCGGCGGUUGUGGCAAUGCCGCACCCCCGUUGGGGAGAGAGCCCAUGUGCCUUCGUUGUCCUUCAGGACGGGGGUGGCAGUGGGAGAGUGAGUGAGGCGGAGAUGGUUGCCUUUUGCCGAAAGAAUUUGUCGCAUUACAUGGUGCCGAAGAAGGUGGUGUUCGUGGCGGAGCUACCAAAGGCGAACGGGAAGGUUCAGAAGUUCAUGUUGAGGGAGCAGGCGAAAUAUUUGGAGGUUUCUGAGAAAAGAAUAGUGAGCAACAUGGGAAACAAAUCGGGGAACAGGCGAUCGGAUUAUGGUGAGCAUGUUAUAGCCAUGUCUAGGCUUUGAGAGAGGGACCGUCGCACACCACACUUUGUUACCCUGCUAUAAUGAAUUUUGUACAAAUAAAAAAAAAAUUAUAUAUAUAUUUAUGUGUAUUUGUAUAUCUUUUUGAAGUUGUUUAAUAUUUCUAUGAUAUAAAUGUUGAGAUAUUUAUUAUAUAUGAGUGGUGCACAAAAAUUGUUGCGUUUAUUGUCA